AUGUCGGGAGCAUUGCCAACACCGCUGACGCCGUCGUACAGCAACUCUGGCGCAGCGUACCGUGAAGCACAUUUCGGCCAUGCUGGCUGCAUCUUACGUCCGCAUCGUGCCCCGCUCAACCGCGGCAUCCGUCGCACCGCGGAGUGCCCCUGUGCGGUGCGACUGUACCACAUGACGGGCCAAGACAUCGCUGCUCGCAGCGAGUACUGCAGCGUCGUCUUGGGAGCCCCUUCUGUGGGCAUCCCUCAAGGGGUGCAACCGGGAGCACCGCCGCCGCCAACCGGCGACCAAGCGGUGGCUGCGGCAGGUGCCGGUCCGUCGCUGGGGUCGACUGCCGGCGCUUCUGUCGUGGAGCGGCCCAUUGCGGUGCAGCUCGCGUGGGCGGAUACCACCGUGUGGGAGGUCGCCUUGACGGCUCUCCAGGCGGUUCGGUCGAAGGUGGAUGCUGCUUACAAGUCCGACACGAAGCGCGCGGCGCGGCAGGCGAAUGGCCGCAUCACCGCGCCCACGCCGGCCGCGCAGGGUCGACGGCAACAGGGCGCCGAGGAAGAUAGCAAGAACAGCGAAGACGAUGAGGAAGAGGCGCCGUACUCGACUCCUCUCCCGCACUAUCAGGUGGAGCUGCUGACCGGCACGGUGAGCUCUGAAGGUCGGGCAUCGGUCUUGCCGCUCUGCAUGGUUCACUGUCGCCAAGUUGUCUAUGGUCAUUCAGCGUUGCUGCCCGUGCGCAGGGGCGACUGUGUAGACUACAACACAGCCAUGUACGAGCUACCCUACAACCUCGGCGACCCGGUCUUUGUGACAUGCACCCGCACCCGAUGA